AUGGCCACCCAAUGCAUCAAAUGCGUAAUAGUAGGCGACGGCGCCACCGGCAAAACCUCCCUCCUCAUCGCCUACACCUCCCCCUCCUCCACCUUUCCCCCAAACAUGGAAUACGUCCCCACCGUAUUCGACAACUACUCUGCGGAGAUGUCGGUUGAUUUGGGCCCUGGGCAGGGGGGAGGGAGGAGGGAGGUGAAUUUGGGGUUGUGGGAUACGGCGGGGCAGGAGGAUUACGAUCGCCUCCGCCCCCUAUCAUACCCCCAAACAGACAUUUUCCUCGUCUGCUACUCUUGCGUCUCCCCCGCAUCUUUCGAGAAUAUCAAGUCUCCCAACCAGUGGAUCCCCGAACUCCAGCACCACGCCCCCCAAACGCCCUUCCUCCUCCUCUCCCUCAAAUCCGACCUCUCCUCCCACCCCCCAACGCUCCAAACGCUCGCCUCCCGGCACCAAGCCCCCAUCAGCGCCGCCCAGGGACAGGCGCUGGCGAAGGAGGUGGGAGCGCUGGGGUGGGGGGAGGUGUCGGCGAAGACGGGGUGGGGGGUGAGGGAGGUUUUUGAGCGGGCCGUUAGGGGGGCUUUGGGGCCGCCUUCUGGGGGAGGGGAGGGGGAGGGAAGAAGAAGAAGCAGUGUAUAG